AUGGAGACCAUACAAGCUCAGAUGGCUGCCUUAGCGAAGGAGAUAGCCGUCUUAAAGCAAGAUAAUGCGACUCUCAGAUCUGAGGGAGAGGCAAAGAAAAUAGGCAAAGAAGACUUAGUGCCACGGAAAAAGAAUCUGGCACUAUUGUCCAUCGUUCCAAGUUGGGCUGGCAACCCGGAAGACAUCCGAGUUGGAAAAUUCCUGGAAAUUAUAGAUGAUGUGGGGGCCAGUGGAGAGUGGGACGACAUCGAUAAGAUACUGGCGUGCAAGACUCGAGUCAAAGGAGAGGCGGCAGCAUGUAUAGAGAGCUACCCCAGUCUGAAAACGGGCUCUGCAACUUGGGCGGAGUACAAGGAAAUUCUUCGAGAGCGCUUUCAGGAAUUAGACAAGCCAGAGAAUUACCUCGUACAAUUACACUCGCUGCAGCAAGGAAUGGACGAGGGAGUGAAGGCGUUCGCCGUCCGAUGUCGAGCGCUGGGAGGAAAAGCGAUGCCGAAGGAGGGGUCCGCAGAGGAGAUAGCGGGGGCUCGAAAACAGAUGGAUCGGGCAGUGUUGGCAGCGUUCUUGAACGGGCUCCGAGGAGAGGUAGGGCGGUUUAUACGUUACUCCCCGCCCUCAUCACUAAAGGAAGCCGAGGAAAAGGCAGCCUUCAUGGAACAUGAAGACUCAAGGAGGGAGAACCGAGGACCCCCAGAAACAGCACAGGUUUUCGGAAUAGACGACAAAUUGCCCGAGAAGAGCAUCCAACCCUGUAACUGCUCGAGGAAGCCCGAGGUGUACCAAGUCACAGGCUCACAGGAAAGGACGGUGAUGUGCUAUCGGUGUGGACAACCGGGCCAUAUGGCACGAGAUUGUAAAACUCCACCCGCAAGGGGGCCGCCAGAAACCCGCCGACGUAGAGAAUGCUUCAAUUGCGGACGCCCCGGCCAUUUCGCCAGCCACUGCAGGGCCCAACCCCGCCGUACAACAGCAUGCGGCAACCCAAAAGCCUAA